CCGAGGGGGACAGGCAGCGGUCUGGGACGCAGAGGGGGUGGCCGGCUCCGGAGCCCCCUCCGCGCCGCCCUCGCCCGCGCUGCCCGUCCGCGAGCGCGGAGUUCGCCGCGACCCGGAGCGCUGCGGAUACAAAGGCGCCGGGCCGAGCCCACCGGCACUUCGCGGCGGCGGAACGUCGCUUGAUUUUCUCUGAGACAAGCCCACCCGUCCAGCAAAAUAGAGUCCCUCAGGGUGACGGUUGAUUUCCUGAAGGUGCCCCUUGGCCUUAAGAAGCCGGUGCUGAAGGAGGUGGCUGUGGGGCCCCCCAAAAGGCCCCAGCCCGUGGCCCUGGAGCGCUAUAAGGCGCGGCGUUCGGACGCCAUGGAUACCGAGUCCCAGUACUCGGGCUAUUCCUACAAGUCGGGCCACUCCCGCAGCUCCCGCAAGCACAGGGACCGCCGGGACCGGCACCGCUCUAAGAGCCGAGAUGGGAGCCGCGGCGACAAGUCGGUGACGAUCCAGGCUCCAGGCGAGCCCCUGCUGGACAACGAGUCCACUCGAGGGGAUGAGCGGGAUGACAACUGGGGGGAGACCACCACAGUAGUGACGGGCACCUCUGAGCACAGCAUCUCCCACGAUGACCUCACGCGCAUCGCCAAGGACAUGGAGGACAGCGUCCCGCUGGACUGCUCCCGUCACCUGGGCGUGGCGGCCGGGGCCACGCUGGCGCUGCUCUCGUUCCUCACGCCGCUGGCUUUCCUGCUGCUGCCCCCGCUGCUGUGGCGGGAGGAGCUGGAGCCCUGCGGGACGGCCUGCGAGGGCCUCUUCAUCUCCGUGGCCUUCAAGCUGCUCAUUCUGCUGCUGGGCAGCUGGGCGCUGUUCUUCCGCCGGCCCAAGGCGUCGCUGCCGCGCGUGUUCGUGCUGCGCGCGCUGCUCAUGGUGCUGGUCUUCCUGCUCGUGGUGUCCUACUGGCUCUUCUACGGCGUGCGCAUCCUGGACGCCCGCGAGCGCAGCUACCAGGGCGUGGUCCAGUUCGCCGUGUCGCUGGUGGACGCCCUGCUCUUCGUGCACUACCUGGCCGUGGUCCUGCUGGAGCUGCGCCAGCUGCAGCCUCAGUUCACGCUCAAGGUCGUGCGCUCCACCGACGGCGCCAGCCGCUUCUACAACGUGGGCCAUCUCAGCAUCCAGCGCGUGGCCGUGUGGAUCCUGGAGAAGUAUUACCAUGACUUCCCUGUCUACAACCCUGCCCUCCUCAACCUGCCCAAGUCCGUCCUGGCCAAGAAAGUGUCUGGCUUCAAGGUGUAUUCCCUCGGAGAGGAAAACAGCACCAACAACUCCACGGGCCAGUCGCGGGCCGUGAUCGCCGCGGCCGCUCGGAGACGCGACAACAGCCACAACGAGUACUACUAUGAGGAGGCGGAGCACGAGCGGAGGGUGCGCAAGCGCAGGGCCAGGCUUGUGGUGGCGGUGGAGGAGGCCUUCACUCACAUUAAGCGGCUGCAGGAAGAGGAGCAGAAGAACCCCAGGGAGGUGAUGGACCCCCGGGAGGCAGCCCAGGCCAUCUUUGCGUCCAUGGCCCGUGCCAUGCAGAAGUACCUUCGCACCACCAAGCAGCAGCCUUACCACACCAUGGAGAGCAUCCUACAGCACCUCGAAUUCUGUAUCCUCCCCUCCCCCUCCCCCUCCCCCUGCCCCCCUCCCCAGGCCUUCCUGGAGCGGUACCUGGCGGCCGGACCCACCAUCCAGUACCACAAGGAACGCUGGCUGGCCAAACAGUGGACACUGGUGAGCGAGGAGCCGGUGACCAACGGGCUCAAGGACGGCAUCGUUUUCCUCUUAAAACGCCAGGACUUCAGCCUGGUGGUGAGCACCAAGAAGGUCCCCUUCUUCAAACUCUCCGAGGAGUUUGUGGAUCCCAAGUCGCACAAGUUUGUCAUGAGGCUGCAAUCCGAGACCUCGGUGUGACUGAGCAGCAGCGGCAGGGGCGCCUGCGGGCGGGGGAGGGCUCGGCUCUCACCCCUGCCACCCCUCGUCCUCCUGCCCCCGUUUACUUUUACUUGAAUUGACUCCCCCACGCGUCUGCUCCCCCCCUCCGUAGUUGCCCCACGUGAGCCUCAGGAGGCCACCUGUGUCAGCAGAGCCUGGGAAGCUCGGGCUCUCCCCAGCCCUCACUUGGUGUCAUCCUGCAGGAAGCUGUGCCUCUCCCCAUCUCCUUCCCCGAUGGUGGUCUCUUCUGAGAGGGGGCAGGGCCCUCCUGAGCCCCCACCCCCGAACCAGGUUCUCCUCGAAGUUUCCCCGGGGCACAGACGGGGGUCCAGAGAGCCACGGUGCCAAACUCCUCCAGACGGCGGGUCCUCUGUGCCUCCUGCCCAGUCAGCCCGCCCCGGUACAAGUGCUGAGCUCUGGGGGCAGGGCCCCCUGCACCCCCCACCCCCGGCCCGAGUCUGGGGGCUCCCCGCCCCAGCCGGGGUCAUCAGCUUCGGCUGUCAGAGCCUCCCCCGCACAACCACACACAUUCAGGGCGAGGGAAGAGCCUGCCCUUCACCCAAGUCUCUACUUUCUGUUUCUGAGUCAUACGGUCUCCUGUGACAACAGCCAAAUGGAGGCAGAAGCCCUCUGUGACCACUUCUCCUGGGCCGUGGGGACGGGGCCUUUCCUCCCUGGGUCCAUCCUGGGCAGCUUCUGAGGGAAGGUCGGGAGAGACCCCGGGGAACGUGGCGGAUCCCAACCUCCGAACCUGCCUGGAGCUUCAUUCCCGCCUUGCUGGGGCAGGUUUCCCCUUCCCGGUGAAGGAUGGCAAGUAGAUGCCAACGCAGGUUUAGUGGCUUCCAGACCAUGGCCCAACCCCCGUGGUCUUAGACCAACGUUUUUCUCCCCCCCCCCAGUGUGUCUUCUCUCAGCACCAGGGACCUGUUGCCUCAUCUCGUUUGGGGGGGAGCCAGUGGCUUCUCCUCAUCCCCUGCCUUAAGCCCACUUCUUUGCCUCAGGGGUCUCUUUUCCUUGGCUGGCCAGGGUCCCCUCCUCUCCCUGCCUGGCUCUCUGGGCACUCGCCUCCCUCAGUGAUGGGGUGAGGGACCAGGAUUGCUGCCUUCGCGCGUAUCCGUCCCUCACGCUGUUGCGCUUCUGUCGUCUGAAUUCUCGAGAGUUUAGGUCUCAUUUUGAGCAAAAUUUGCUGGCCUUCUAAGACGUAUUUUUGGUGUGAAUCUGAGCCUUUCACUCAGACGAGUUUCAAUUACAUAGUUUUAGCCAAGGGAACUGGAACCUCAGCCGGGAUCCACGUGGGGGACCAUCCGUGGCUGGGCUGGGCUGGGCUGGGCUGGAGCGUGCCCCGGGGGCCAGUGCCCCUCCUCAGGCCCAUCUUCUCCUGGCAAACUCACUCGUUCUUGCCACGAGGAGGGCCCCCUGGGCUCAGAUCCCCAUGGGUCUCUGACCGGGGAGGCUUCCUGUCUGUGUAGGGGCAGCCCGGGCAUGAGGGAGCCUCGUGAUGGCCUUUCCCCCUUGUCCUCUCUGAAAAAGCACAUCUGUCCACCCACACUUCCUGGAGAAGGGCUCUUCAGUUCGUGCUGACCCCGGUCCCCACAGGUGUGGGUUGGGGGCCUGACUUAGGCGGUGCCUGAGGGAAAUGCAUCUGUCCUGGGGGUUGUGGGAAGGUAUCUUUUCUUCUCUUCAGGGACCUGGUUUCAGAGGAGUCCCUCCUGGGUCACAUUUCUAAAUACCUCACUAUCCUGGAAAACGGGGCCUGGAUGGUGGGCAGGAGCGGGGUGUGGUGUGACGGAAGGGCCGGGGUGGGGCGGCAGACGGAAAGCAUUUGGGAUCUUUGUUGCUGCCCUACGUUAGGGGUGGGGGAGUGUUUAUUUUCAGAACCUGCCAUGUUUUUAAUCACUGUGAUUUUUUCAUUCCUUUUAACUAAAACAAAAAGCAAACUUUCCCCCCAACUCUCUACGCACUAAGGGCUGUGACUGAGAACGGUAGUGUUUUGGUCCUUUGCGUCAGAACUGUGGUAUUUUUGUCUUCUUUGACGAUUAUUAUAAUUAUUAUUAUUUUUUAAAAUGUCAGGAUGAGUUGUCAAGUGUUUGGCUGUGUGUGUCUUCUGCUGCUCGCACGGGGAGCUGUCUUCAUGCUGUGAACGGCCGUGGGGCUCAGGCCCUCCGCGCACUGUCCCCCCUGCUCUGCCGGGCCUGCCACGCGCUGGCUUCUCUUGCUCUUCUCCUGUUGGGGGAACAGGUUCUCCACCUCCCUGUGGCCCCCCGCCGCUCCGCCAGGACACCGGCCGUGUGGCUGGGUCUCCUGCCUUCUCUUUUCUGUGACUCCACGGCACCCUCCCCACCAUACCCAGCAGGCCUUGCUUGUCAUCACCUUGGAGCGCCCCGGGGACGCUGUGCCUCAGGCCUUUACCUACCUCGCCACACUGCCGUGUCCCACCGGUCCCCUUUCUUUUACACGACCCUUAGCGCUCCGCCGACUCCCGCUUAUUUCUUUUUGAUCCUUCCUUGUUUCUUCCCGCCCCUGUCCCAUCUGAGCCUUUCAUUUCUCGCUCCGCAUUCCUGUUGCAAACCCCGCCACGGUACCUGUGAAGAGGCAUUGGGACCCCCCCCCCAGAACCUUCUCAUCAGAAACACCCCUUCCCAGAGUCUGUGCUUCUCUCCUCUGUUGGGCCCCAGGAGCUCCCUCGCCCCUCGGUGCUGUCUGUCUGCCGGUCUGCCUGUCUUCUCUUUCCCCUGCCUUUCCCCCAGGGCGACAUCUACUGAUGGAUUCGGUCCUGGUGUGUGAUUGUUGUGAUUUGUUCUGUGCGCGAAAGGAAGGGGGCUUGUUUUGGGUCCCUUCCAAGUGAGAUUGUAAAUGUAGAAUUUGCCACUGUUGACUCUAGAUUUUUUUCUUUCCUUUCUUUUACAUUUCUUUCUUUCUUUCUUCUUCCUUUUUUUUUGGGGGGGGUUACAGAGACCUUGUGCAUGCAUGUAGAAAAUUGUAAAAUGUAAAUUUUUUUUUAAUAUAUAAAAAGCUUGUUUUUACAGUUUGCAGUGGAUCUAAACAUUAUGGCAAUUUUAGGGAUUUUUUUUCUUAAACAUAGGAACUAAAACUGUACAAAUUUUUUUUAUAUAAAAUAAAGACAUUUGACUUUUGUGGGGGCA